AUGCAAAAAAAUAUUGCUUUAUUAUUAUUCAUGUAUAAUUAAUAAUUUGAUCCAUCCUAGAAUAGAAGGAAUAACAACUAAUAUCGAACUUCUAAUUAAUAUCCAUAUAAUGAUCCAUAAAUUAAUUACCGAAAUCAAAAUCAGAUCUAUAAAUAUUAAGAACAAUCAUAAAAACUCUAAGAUUAAGCUUUAAUUUAGUAUUACAUUCAUGAAGAUUUUUAAAAUUUGAUCAAUCUUAUCUAUUCUUUGUAAGCAGUAUCUGAACAUUUCAACCAUGAUCCUAAUAACGAAAUGGUCAUUUUGAGUAGAAAUAAAGUCAUUACUUAGCUAAAUAUAUCGAAUUCAAUUCAUUAUGAUCUAUAAUAAAAUUACAGGGAUCCAAAAUAUCGAGAAUUAAUAUAAAGGGAGAAAUUGAAAGUGUAACAAGCAAUCUCUUAAUUUCCUAAUGAUCUUAAAUAAUCAACUUAUUUGAGGAGUUAUCAACAGAAUAGUUUAUCUGACUAAAUACGACAUAAUUAUUAGCAACUUGAUAAGAUUAGAACCCCUGCUACAUUUAAUCAAAAUGUGGUUUCUCAAAUCUUUUCUUCAAUGCAAUUAAUUGAUAAAAAUGUUUCUCAAAUAAAAUCCUUGAAUUAGUAUACUGUCCCUACCGAAUAGGAUGUCUUAGCUAAAGCAAGGUAUUAGGUGAUGAUAUAAUUAGGCAAUACUACUCUAUGACCUAGAAUAAACUAUAUGCAAAUUUUUAGAAAGGAUAGCAGUAUUAAUCAUAGAUAUAUAGUAAAAAGGAGUAAUUCUAAGCCCCAUAAUAAUUGGAAUGGAAUUAAUAAUAGAAACAUUCUCCUCAAUUUAUCUAAUCCCAAAUCAUUACUCCACCUAAAUAAUAAAGAUAUUAAUCUACUUAACAUUAACAAUAAAAAAUGUCAACAAGCAGUCAUAUUUGGGGUUUUUAAAAUUUGGCUAAUUCUUGA